CACAAAUGGAAAACCCACGUGCCCGAAACCGACCCGACCUACGUGGCAGGUCUCCGGGCAGCCGCCACGUCAUUUAGCCUCCUGUGGCUGCUGGCGUCCUAAAAUAAAAUUCCCCCAAAUAAAAAAGAUAUGUCGCCAAGUUCGCUUUUUCCUUCCUCCGUCGGCUCUCCCAAUAUAUAAAUACCAACCAGCGAAGGCGCAGGGAAUUCAAUUUACAACAAAAACAAGCGGCUACAUAUCUGGUAUUCCGGUUUCGAUCUUAUUCCGAAACAAACCCCGCUGAUAUUUUCUCGUCGGAAAAAGCAAAGGGAAUUCGCCGGAGAGAAGAAAUGGGUGAGGGCGGCAACGGCACGUUCGAAUCAAUCAGGGACUGGGUCUCCGAGCACAAGAUGAGAUCCGUCGCGACCUUGUGGGCGAGCGGGAUUGCUGGCUCGAUAGCGUACAAUUGGUCGCAACCCAACAUGAAGACCAGCGUCAAGAUUAUUCAUGCUAGGUUGCACGCGCAGGCAUUUACAUUGGCUGCUCUCGUUGGAUGUGCUGCAGUUGAAUACUAUGAACGUACACAAACUGAAACAGCAAAAGCGAAAUGAGCACUUGAGGUUGCAAAUUGCCAGGGAAAGGGCGGGCUCAAAUGACAGGUUCAUGGCCCAUUUCCAAGUAUUCUAUUGCUGUAGUCCUAACGGUAUUGCCAUUGGUUGAAGAGGGUUACAGUUCCUUAUAAUUUUUUUCUUUUUUGUUUUGUUUCUAACUUAUUGUUUAUUCGGGCAGACAUGUGUACUGUAUACAUUAUACUUUUCCAGUCGUUAAUAAUAGUUUCACUCUCCACUAGUCCAGUUACUUCAACCGCUGGAGCUAGAACCAUUAUCACCAUUCCUUGUUGAAGUCAUUCUCGAAUGGUGUCUUCAAUCCUCUGUAUAUCUUAAAUAUGUUCAACUUUUGGAAUAGAUUUCGUACCACUCACUAUAGAGACGAGCCAAGAGUCUGUCAUGAAUGAUUGCUCUUGCCUCUAAUCACGCCUCUGGUGCUGGCUGGUAAGGUCUGGAACGUGGUCGUCGGUCUCCAGAUGCUUAUCUUGUUCAGAUAUCGUUUGCUUGUCUUGUUGAGUGAUAUUACAGAUUGGCAAUGGUCUUUCGCUCGAGCAAGAAAUUGGCUCUUGAGCCGACUACCUUCAAACUGGCUUCCCGGAUUCCUCCUGUCCUAUGCAUAGCACAUGGAUAUUUCCACAUUUCAACAUUAACGAAUUUAAGGACUUAAUUAGCUCAACCCACCCCUAAUUGAAUGGAAUAAGCACCAGAAGCUUGAAGAAAUAAUCAAAGAAGUGUGGAUACGCUUAGGAUCGACAAAAGCAGCUAUUGAAUCAUAAACCCGCACAAGAAAAAAAAAUUACACUAAUGUAUUAUGGAUUUAAUGUUACACCCCCGACAUUUGGGUUUAGAUUUAACCGUAAUAAAUGCACGUGUUGGGUCGAAGAUCAGUACUAAAUUGACUCAAACCAAUAGGCAGGAGUUGGCCAUUAUAUCGUGAAUGCUACAUGGGUUAUCGAGUGGGCCUUGGCCACGAUGACCACUUGGAGCGGUGCUUCGUGGGAUUAAGUUACAACACAAGUAAAGUAGCAUUAGGGUUAGGCGGUGAUUGGAGGAAGAUCGAAGGAUAAAUGGGUAACUAAAUGGUACCUCCUGCCGCAGAGAGAGAAGAGAGAAGCGAUGGAGGAGCCGCCGCGGAGGAGAAGCAGUUUAACAAGGACCGGCGAUAUAAGGGUAGUAAAAGAUGUCACGAUGAUGUCGUGGGAGCUGCCAUGAAUCAUUCUGCCGCAUCGAUGAUUGCAGGACCGGCAAGUUGAGGUGCUGGCUCGGACGGUACGAACAGCGACUGGGGAAACUAGAGAGGCAUCAUUGAAUUAAUUAUUAUAUCAAGCGGCGGCACAAAACCGGUUAAGGGGCGUCCCUCCAAAGUUACUAGCUGCUGAAACACGAAGCAGAGGUAAGUAAAUUACCUUGGUCUACAUAAUUCUAGAUUUGGUUGGGCAAGGGAAAAUGGGGUUCACAAUAGUUGCGUAUUGGAUCAAGGGCAUAGCUUUGCAGUCGUUAAUUGGUAAAUUCAUAAUUUCAUGAUGGUGGAAUGUUAACUCUUCAUGGCAAUCGAAUCUUUUGGAGGAAAAAGUGAUUAUAUAAACUUGGGUGCAUGUUUAGGUGGGACACGUACUGAUCAUGGGUGAGUGCACAAUUCAGCUUGUUAAAGCAAUUGUAAACAUAGGUGUCCAACUAGGUAAACGAGGUGGCAUGGAAGUUUGAGGAAGCUAAGUGGGGGACCUAGGUAAUGGACACGUUGAGGAAUGUGUCUCAUCAUACAAAAUGGAAGAAAUGAAAUAUAGUAUGGAAAUUAGUUCAUGGGACCAAAUAAUUGGAAGCCAUCUACCACAUAGGAACUGAGAUUGUUACGAUCUACUUUUGUGCUCACUUUUAAUUGGAGGAUACGGUAAUGUAUAAGGAAAUGGGGAGUACGAGACCACGCUACCGGGGGAGGAACAAACCUUGAGAAGCAUUCUAAUUUAAUCGUGAAGCCAAGUGGAUCAACUUGAACGAUCAGGUGAGUGUAAAUGGGUAAAUUCUACGCCUUGCGGUUUUUCAAGUAUAGAUUUACGUUAUGUACGUGCAGUAUUUGAUUCAUGUUUGAUAUUGCAUGAUUAUGUUUGAUGAUAUGUGAUUUGGUUGAGCUAUGAUUUGAAGUAUAUUGUGGAUGAGUUUAUUUCUUACUUGAAGCUUUAUGUUUAUGAGUUAUUGUUAAAGUUUAAGAACAAGUUCUUUUUAAGAAGUAACUCACCUUCAAGAAGGUCAAGUCGUUUUAAGUGUUUUUAGUCACUAGCGCCAGUCCGUUGCCAUUUGAGAUUUUCAGAUAGAGCACCAGUUAUGCUCUUGAGAUAUUUAAGUUGAGCAGCAUUGAGAUAUUUAAGUUGAGCAGCAGUUAUGCUCUUGAGAUUUUUAAGAUGAGCAGCAGUUAUGCUCUUGAGAAUCGUGGAAGAAGAACCUUCCACGAUAAGUUUAAGUUUAAGGAAAGCCUUGAUGGCUUCUCUUACGUAUGAGUUGGCAACCGGACUAGCUAGUGAGGGAUCCCCGUGUCAGUCAAAAUUUUAAGUUGAGAUUUGAGCUUUAAGAAUACAGUUUUAACAGUUAAGAUUUUUAAUAGUGGAAGUACGAAACAACUUCUACUAACUUAAGUAAAGUGAUCAAGUAUUAAUAAGAUGUUAAACGUAAGGGCGUAGACUGACCCCAUCUCACUCACCAGUUGGAAGAGCUAGAGGAGCAGUUAGUGAGCAGCGAGUUCGAGGACAGCCAACUAGAGGAGAACAGUAUAAGCGUCACGGAGGAUGCUUAGUCAAGGUUUUUAGUAGCAACAACAUUAGAGAUUAUUAGUUAUUUAUAUUUAUGAUUGAGUAUAGACUGGAGAUCAUUUUGAGAUUUUAAGUAUGGAGUUUGCCCAUGUGUUAGGGCGUUGCUUUAAACUACAAGUGUGUGUUUUCAGUAUUUUAUUUAUGAAAAUUGUUUCCGCUGAAAUUUAAGAUUUGAGUAUUUUAUUUUUCAAGGGCAUUUUAAUAAAAGUAGUACCCGUCCGGGUUAGGGUGUUACAUUUAAUGAUAAUCAACUGAAGAUUUAUUGAUACCGAUACCAAUUACAAGUGGCAGAUUGAUUGGUGGAUUGGAUUGGUAGAUUUAUUGACUAAAUUAAUUAUGUGAUUAGAGUCGACGGAUUGGUGAAAAGAUGUAAGUUGGGUUAAUACCUUAUUUUGGCCCGAAUUAUACCUAAAUAAUCAAUUUUGACUUGUGAUUUCAGAUAUUGAUAUCCUGGCCUCAACUAUACACUAUAUAGACUCAAUUGGCCAGACGUGUGGUUUGACCGUCAAUUUGGACGGUCAACACCAUUGACUAACGUUUAACGCUCCAGUUCAAUUCCUUAUCAGCACCAAAAUUAUAAAAAAAUUUGAAUUGCGAA